AACUAGAGAUCGAGCUCACAAUACAAACAGGACGUCCAGUAGGCCUAUACGUUGUAAUGCGUAAUAGGUUUUAUAACUUACUUUGACAGGCAACAAACGAAGGCGAUGCAGAAAAAAAUGUGACAAUGGAGCCAAAAACAACUGGUGUUAAUGGAAUCGUUAAUGAUGAAAAUAAUAAGUGGUCGUUAGAAAACUACCCGUUUAUAAUAGCAGUGAUUGUGGCAUUGGGAGCGUUGGUUGUUUUAGCGUUCUUUGUUUGGAUGAAAUGUAGAAGAAAGGAUGUUUUUAACGUUAGACGUGCAACCAUGCAAAUGGGACCAGAGAUUGGUGAAGUAAAUGGUCAACCAAGAACAAAUAGAACUCCUGGUUCCGGCUCAAGAACUUCUCACCAGAUCAAGCGAUCAGAUGAUGCCUUUUGGGAGUUUCCUAAAGGCAAAAUUGUGAUUCUUAAAAUUUUGGGUGAAGGCACUUUUGCCACUGUAAACAAAGCGAAGAUUUUACCUUUGCACGCCAUGAAUCAAAUCAAUUGUGGGAUUGUUGCUGUGAAGACUCUCAAAGAGAACACAGACGAGAAGGAUCGUACAAAUUUUCUAAAUGAACUAAACGUGAUGAAGAAGCUAGAGCCACAUCCAUACGUCGUACAACUUCUGGGCUGCUGCACUUCCACUGAACCGUAUUUGUUAAUACUGGAGUACUUGGUUGGUGGAGAUCUUCUGGGUUAUCUCAGAAAAUCCCGUGGAUAUAAAGAUCCUUAUAAUACUGGAGAGUAUGUUCCAACAUCAAGGCUGACAGAGAAUGAUCUAUUGUCUUUUGCAUGGAUGGUUGCUGAUGGAAUGACUUUUCUCGCCCAAAAUGAGAUAAUCCAUCGUGAUUUGGCAGCGAGGAAUGUUCUUGUUGGAGCGCACAAUGUCUGCAAAGUGUCAGAUUUUGGUUUGGCAAGGGAGGGGUCUUACGACAGAGAAUCAAAGGCACGUCUUCCUGUUAAAUGGAUGGCUCCUGAAGAUAUAUUUGCAGGAAAAUGUACCACCAUGAGCGACGUGUGGUCCUACGGAAUUUUGCUAAUGGAAAUUUUUACCAUAGGUGAUUCUCCAUACCCGGGAUAUAAAGGGAAAGAUGUUCCAGACUUAGUUGAAAGUGGCUACAGAAUGCCGAGGCCCAAGCAUUUGUCGGUUGAGAUUUAUUCCGUCAUGGAAGAAUGUUGGAUAAUCGAACCGCGAAAAAGACCACGAUUUUCAGACAUGGCAUCGUUCUUCAAAGAAAUGUUGGUAGAGGGUUCGAAGGAUUACCUUGACUUGAAUGUAUUUGAAGACCAUCUUUACGAAAAUUUCGAUGAAAUUAAGCUGCAAAGAUCAAGCAUAAGUUGAUGUAUCUGGUAGUUUCGGUCGUAUAUAGGUAAUCAUUCCCUGCGAAUACAAUUCAGACCUGCAUGUAUAUAUUAUUUUGUACUUCUAGCAGUAUUUUCGUUUAACUGUCUGGCCUUUUUUAAUUCAAUUCCUCAAGGACCAAUUUUUGUAUGCCAAUUUCAUUUCCGCCAUUUUGUGUUGGCAAAAUCAUUAGUUGUAUAUUCUGCAACAAAAUAAAUUAAAAAACUCUACCAAUCAGCAUCAAGUAAUUUUGUGAUGAUUUGGUUUAAUUUCUUUGACCAAUUUAUAAUUCCUGGUUUUCAUAACCGUAAUUAAUAAUUCAUAAUUUAUCAGUUUUGUCUAUGAUCGGAAGCUCAUCAAUAUAUAAAAAUAUCUACUUCAUUUGUCACCGACAACGGUUUUUAGAAGAUCGUUGAUAAAUUACGACAUAAUAUGAAUAUGAAAACCCGGAUAAACUAGGAGCACCUUAGGGUUUCAAAGCAUGGUAUUUGAUAAAAAUAAUGUAAAUAUAAGUGUGAAUAAAUUAUUAUCAUUUUUCAUAUUCAUAACAUAGAGAGGCCUGAAUGAAUAGAGCC